UACAAUUAUUUACAAUAAAUCACGGGAUAGCCCCAAAAUGUAGUGGCGGAGUCUUACUUAUUGAGAGAUACACAGCAUAAUAUAUGGUACGACUUUACUGAUUACAUUCGAUCCCUGUAGAUUUUAAGCUCCUCCCCACAUUUCAAAGCUUUAAUAGACGAAUGCAUUUAGAUGCAUAAUAUGUUUUACGGACCGUUGUGGCGAGCGCAGCUCAGCAAAAAUUACACACAACAUGUUACCUUGUCAAUUAAGUGAUAUUUUGACAAUUAUCAACUAACAUCAAAGAAUUUUUGAGAGAUUGAGAGAGAGAUUGAGAGAGAGAGAGAGAGAGAGAGAGAGUUAUGUAUUUCUAAGUUUAAAAGAAAUGUCAAAACACAUAUACUAGGCUGUAUCUUCCCCCCUAAAACGGUCCCUGUUUGUUGACCAGUGUGUUUUCCCAUUUUAAAACUUAAUGGGGUGACAAUAUGCAAUAUCUACAGAGUUUUGUUUUCUCAUUAUUCUUUUCAGAUUUGGUUCAAAAUAAUCAGGCUGUAACUUUUAUAACAAUAAUAUAUAUUUUUAAUUUCCUCCCUAAGUUUACUGUACUUGCAUGCAAAGUUAGCUUAAACAGGCGGACUCCGAAAACACCGUCAUGUAUUGCGAUUUUUUCAACUUCCAUUUUGUAGCAUAUGUUAAUUGGCCAGAGAGUGAAAAUGCAUUGAAUUUCAAAGUACUGGUAUAUUAUUUUUUACUUUUACAGUCUUUGGAAAUAAACUAAAUGCAUUGUUAAUAAAAAAUGCAUGUAAUAUCUAUGUUGAAAUAAUACUGAAUAUAAGAAAGAUUGGCCAUUAAAAGCCUCUUUGUACCAAAAGUUUACAAUUUUUGGCGUCUUUGGCUAGGAUAUGAAUAGUUUGAGAUUCUUCCAACUUCCCGCUCCUUUUUAAGGAUUAGGAAAUGUUUUUCAAACAUCAAAGACUUUUAGAAUUCAAAAUGAAAUUCAACAUGCAUAAAUAUUAGACCCUCUGGCAGAUCAAUCUAAAGGCUAUGGUGUUCAUGUGGCUGUCAAGACCUGUGGACCUUUUGUUUGUUAAGUACUACAUGUAGGUUUGUUGAUGGUAGAUAGGCAGAAAUUUGAAAUUUGCCUCUUAUUAAAGCCAUUUUUAUUGAAGAGAAGUGAGCUAUGCACCUCACAUUUGUAACAUUUUAUUUGAUACAUACUUAAAUGUUUUAAUUGUUAUAAUAUUUAACAUUUAACAGAUGGUUUAAUUUCUUUUUUGUAGAUAAAAUGAUCAAGAGCAACCAUGUAUAAUGAACUGCCAAAUGAAACACUACAUAUUGCUACAUAUAUGUAGAAUGGGAACAUUUUUGACUGCAUUUGACAAUGGAUACAUUUCUAAAUUUAGUGGAAAGUCCUUAGAUGAAAUUGCCUGUGAAGACAUAUAUUCAAAUGAUGAUGAUGAUGAUGAUGAUGAUGAUGAUGAUGAUGAUGUUGGAAAAGAACGAGCCAGAAAAAAGAAAACUGGACCUAAGCCUUCAAAACUCCCGACAGACAAAGAUGUGAGUGAUGAACAUGAUGGCAAUGAGGAUCAUAAUGAUGAAGAUGGGGAUGAUAAUGUUGGGAAAGAACGAGCUAGAAAAUAGAAAACUGGUCCUAAGCCUUCAAAACUCCCAACAGGUAAAACUGUAUGUCGAGAGGAAGAGGAAGCAAAUUCAAUAAAGAAGCCUUGCAAGAAUUGUGGGAACAUUUUUUUAGGACUUUUUGCAAUUGGUUUUUGUUUGUCGUCAUGUGGUGUUCAUUUUGUGCUGACAAUUAAAUAAUUUUAAUUUCUUUCAAACUACAUGGCCUAAUUUUUCCAAAUUCUUUCGAUAUGAUGUAUAAUUUGGGUAAGGGGAACAUAAAUGGUAAUUUCAUUUCUCUUCCACACUGUGUCCUUGGUCAGCAGGGCCAAAAUGCAAAAAAGAAAAUCUAUACUUCCACACAUCUGAAAGAAAACUGAAUUCAGUUGUAAAUUUUAUAUCAGUUUUUUUUACUCCAGAGUGUAGUUUAAUUACAUGCAUAUAUGAUAUUCCUGUAUUGAGGUCUGUGUCUGGGCUAGUUACUCAGGUGACCGUUAAUGCCUGUUGGCCUGUUUGGUUUAAAAACAAUUCAAUUUUAUACACAAAGAAGUGAUUUUGUGUUAGAACUUGAAGAAUCACCUUGCUUUUUUAGUGUGUAAACAUCACUGUUCAAAUUUAUUGAAAUUUUCAAAAAAUUGAUUGUUUUUAAACUGGGAAUUAAUUCCUUUGAAAGAUUGUUUAUUCAUUUAACAAAGCUGUAUUUUACUUAUUGAUAAGUGAAAAUACAUUGGAUAAUUUUCUUUUCUUUGCACGUAUGUAUUUUUUCUAAAUAACGACAAAGUAAUUUCAAUGAAUUA